AUGGCCCAGUCGCCGCCGCCGCCGCGGCCGCCGCCGCCUCCACACGGCCUCCUCGGCCAAGACCACUGGGUCCUCUCCCAGGGCUGGGGCUGGGACGCGGCCUCCGUCUCCACGUCCCCGGCCUCCUCCUCGGACUCGUCCGGGUCCUGCCCGUGCGACGGCGCCCGCGGCCCCUCGCUGCCCGCGGCCCCGGGCCACGGCGCCCGCACCCGGCCCCCCGAGGCCGCCCCGACGGCGCCCCGACGCGCGCGGCCCGGGCCCGCGGGCGGCCAGCGCCAGAGCGCCAGCGAGCGCGAGAAGCUGCGCAUGCGCACGCUCGCCCGCGCGCUGCACGAGCUGCGCCGCUUCCUGCCGCCGUCCGUGGCGCCCGCCGGCCAGAGCCUGACCAAGAUCGAGACGCUGCGCCUGGCCAUCCGCUACAUCGGCCACCUGUCGGCCGUGCUGGGCCUCAGCGAGGACAGCCUGCGGCGCCCGCGCCGGCGGCGCAGCGACGCCGCGAGUGCCCGGGGCUGCCCGCUCUGCCCCGACGGCGGCGGCGCCCAGGUGCCAGGCGUGAGCUCCGCGGUGUGCACCGGCGCCGCCUGGGGGUCCCCGGACGCCCGCCCGGGGCCCCGCUCCGCGCCUGAAAGCCUGGGGAGCAGAGUCCCGGACUCGGAUCCCUGGGGGACGCCCCCGUACUGCCCCACGACGAUGCAGUCACCCACGCUUCAGCCCCGAGGGAGAGCCCCGGAUGCGUCGCCUUGGACGCCACCCCAAGCUUGCCCCGGGACGCAGAUGUCCCCAGAGCCCGGGCACCCCGCGGCACCCUGGACGCCGCCCCCCGCGCCCCCGGAGCUGGCUGCAGUGUACCAGAGUUCCUCUGUGUCUCCACUGGGAAGCCCACCCAUCCUGCCCCCGGCAUCGUGCCAGAGACUGCAGCCUCAGACCCAGUGGGCGUGCUGGGGCCGCAGUGUGGAGGUGCUCCCCGGCCCCCAGGAGCGGGCGCUGGGCCCCGCCUUCCCGCUCAGUGAAGCCAGCCCCUCGCAGAGUGCGGCCCUGCGGCUCAGUGGCUGCCCCGAACUUUGGCAAGAAGACCUGGAGGGGACCCACUUGGGCAUCUUCUACUAGCAGCCUUGCCUGCCUCGCUUUCAGCCAGGACUGGGGCGCCCCCCCAUACACACCUGUGGACUGCUCCCAGAAGGGGACUGCGUGGCCCCCAACGAGGCUGGGCUGGGGCCGGCUGGGCGUGGGUGUAGGAGCCUAGCCCCUCGCGCUGCUUCUUGGUGACGGCUGAUCGGAAGCCUGUACUGUAAAUUGGUUUUAUCCCGCUGCAAACACGAGCCUGCGCACAAAUACACCGUGUGGC